GCGAGCCCAAGACUUCCUUCCCCUCAGUGGCGGCGUGGAUAUCGCCUGGUGCGUCCGCUGAAAAAGAGACUGCUGCUCGAACCACCACUUUCCUCAUACCUCCCCCUCCGCCACGUCGCCCGCAUCUGAGAUCGAGCGAAGUUUAACCGAGGAAUCGCGUCCCGCGACCUUCCUCCAGCGCGCGACGGCUGUGCAUUCAUUUUUCUAUUCUCCGUCUUUCCCUUUUAAAAGAGAUCUUAACCGAGAUUCUGGUCCCUUUUCAUUUUAUUUGAAACGAAUUAGAUCUUGAGUCGCGUUUGUCAGACGCUCUCGAGCAGAGAUAGGAAAUAACAGUGAUAUGUAGACUUUCGACGUCGGAAUGAAUUCUCAAGAAAAACCAGGACGGUGUCUACCGACGGAAGAGUGACCUCCAAUUAUCUCUGAGCUUGAACAUUCUUGGGCUUUCAAAUUCGACCAUCAAGAUGAAGCGGAAGAGACUUUUGCAGUAGCUUCCCUCAACCAACGGAGGCUGAGCACUCCCAUUUUGGGCGAUGACAAUAAAUCAUACCUGGGCGCCUGAGACAUUUUAGUUCCCAGAGACAAAACUGAGAGAGUGAAAAAAUAACAUGUUAUGGAGGGGAACACCGUACCUACGCAACAGUGUAUUCCCAGUAUGAGAAAAGAAGAGGACGAGAUAAAAACUCCAAUGAACCAAGAUUGAGAAAAACUCGAAUGGUCGGGAAAUGUUCAAGAGUCAACUUCGUGCACGCUGGAGGGGAAAUAAAUCUUUAAUGAAUGCUGGUAGCAUUUCGCCAUCGCACUAUGAAACGUAUACUAUAUCCUUUCGAAAAUAUGAACGAUCUGCUCAGUGAUCUUAAAUAGCGACGGAUAUGAGAGUAGCUUAUACAUUUAAAUAAGAUAUUUACUAUAAGUGACAUACAGGACCUCUUAGUAUUCAAGCAUGUCAAUGCACAGCAUCAUUCACAGUGACAUGAUCGACGUCAGAAACCGUCUUCUCUUUCGGAACAACUCCGCCGAGAGCAGCCAAGUGCUUCUGCCUGACGUAUAUUCAUCACCUGACGAAGGCCCCUCAAUGAGCGCGAUGGAUAACCACGGGAUCGAGCGAGGGAAACGCAUCGGGGGUUUGGCAGACAUCCUAUCCACGAUCCACAGGAGAUCCGUGGGCAUGGACUUCUCGGAGGACUUCCUUCUGGGGCCCCCGGAUAUCGAGAUGCCCUUUUUAACCAAUUCUUCCAACGUCACAUUCCUGGGCAUCGACGACUUGGACUUGGAGGACGUGAACGGUUCCAUGGCCGCCGACUACAACUACAGCACCGAGUACGACUACGACUUCUCUCUCGACGACCUCAUGUACAGACACUCCUUCGGCAUCGGCACUGUCCUCUGCCUCAGCUACGUCCUGGUCUUCAUCCUGGGGCUCAUCGGCAACUGCUUCGUCAUCGCCGUCGUCUUCAGAACACCAAGGAUGCGAACAGUCACCAAUUUCUUCAUCGUGAAUUUGGCAGUGGCUGAUGUCUUGGUCAUCGUCUUCUGUCUUCCAGCGACGCUGCUCUCAAACAUUUAUUACCCAUGGAUGCUGGGAUGGGUCAUGUGCAAGUCGGUAGCUUACGUGCAAGGAGUUUCGGUGUCUGCAUCCGUCAAUUCUCUUGUAGCUGUCUCAUUAGACAGACUCCUGGCCAUCUGGUUCCCUUUGAAGAUGCAGAUUACGACCCCACGAGCCAGGGCUAUCAUCAUCAUCAUCUGGAUCAUGGCCAUCACUUCUGCCAUACCUUACAUGAUCUACUUCGAGACGAAAGUAUUCGAUUCUGAAGUCCCGGAGGUCAUUAUUUGUGUAGAGAUGUGGCCCAACAGAUCGGCAGAGAGGCUUUACUUCCUGAUAGCCCACCUGCUCCUCUGCUACCUGGUUCCUCUAGUCCUCAUCUCCUGCUGCUACUUAAUGAUAUGGCUCAAGGUGGCUCGCAGGACCAUCCCGGGAGACACGCGGGACGCCGCCAUCCUGGAGAUGCAACAGCGGAGCAAGGUUAAGGUCAUCAAGAUGCUGGUGGUGGUUGUCAUCAUUUUCAUGCUGUCUUGGCUCCCGCUUUACGCCAUCUUCACAAGGAUAAAGCUGGGUGAGGAACUAGGAGAAUCCGAAGGCGCCGCCCUAGCCAUCAUAACCCCGGUGGCACAAUGGCUGGGCUCCUCUAACUCCUGCAUCAACCCCAUCCUAUACGCCUUCUUCAACAAGAAAUACAGGAACGGGUUCCUGGCCAUCGUCAAGAGUCGCUCCUGCUGUGAAACUCUGCGCUACGACUCCUACUCCCACUCCACAAUGCGACGUUCCUAUUACCCGUCAUACCGCUCCACAAUCAGACCGGAAGCGGGGGGGAUGGAUUCCAUGAACCGACAUAAAACGAGCACCAACAACAUCUACACCUUCGAAGGGCGAGCUGCCUCUCGCCCCAGAUACCACAGCGCCAGGCCACGCAGCCUGGCCAACGGCCUGAGUCCAGCGCUCCACUUGGCAGACAAGGUCGCCAACGAGAGCACAGCCCUCCAGGGAUGCCCAAGGCCCCCUUCAAACAUUGGCGGCAUCGAGGUCAUCGAAGUCGACGACUACAGCAACAGCUACAAUGAGAACACCUCCACGUUCACCAACGGAAAGCUAGACGCAGUCGACUGAGCAUGAGUGCCCGUGUGCAGCCGGUGUUUUCCGGCCCCUUUCACCUCUUCAACUUGAAAUGCGGGACUCCAGUAGCCCUGGUUCUCUUCUGUCCUGUCCGUACCUGUAAACUGAAGUUAGGUCAAACCGAUAACUCCCUAAAUAAAGGGGGAAUUCCUAUACCCAGACCCUCACACCCAGGUGAGAUGGGUGGCAGCCCCUUAAGACCUGAAGAGAGUUGGUCGGUCCGAUCUCUCCGAUCGGGAUAAGGCGAGAUGCUCUCUAAACCCACGUUUCACAUUUCCAAUUCCCACCAAUAUCCGAGGUGUACCACAAACGAACGAGCGCUCCACUUUAAAUCUAUCCUUUGUAUUUGAAAUGAAUUCUUCGAGAAAAACUCUUCGACUGAAUCAAUGCAAAAACCUGUAGGUGAGACCGAUGGAAUAAUCUGAAAUGGUGGACCUCUAACGUAGACUCAUGAAUGUGCAUGAAUGUUUUCAGCUCUUCUUUGAUAUAAGGCGAACGAAGAGAGCUCCUUCCUGUAUAAACGAAAGGACUGUACGUCAAAGAAUAUAGCGACAACACGCGCAUGGAAAGAGAGUAUUUCGAAAGACAUUAUGCGAAUAAAAGGAAAGACCUUCAUGUCCGUAUAUCUAAAAUGAAAGUACGUGUUUCAAUGGUAUAUACAGUGUUAUUAUGUCUCUUUUAGUCAACAGUAAAGUAGCUAUACCACGCCGGUACGGGGAGCCGGCAUGGCUCUGUUUCAUUUCCAGCACAUUUUUUCUCAUGAGUAUUAUCAAUAAUAAUUAUUAUCAAUGUAACUCUAAGACCUAUGGAAAUAUUGCAUCUAUCUACCAUUCACUGCAUGAACCACUUAUACAUAGUGUCUAGCCAUUACCGCUAUAUGUGUACAUAUCUGUUGCAUAGACAUAUAUGUUAAGUAGAGACAUCUAUUGUUUCUCCUUGUCAGCGCCGACACGACACCAUUCCUGGAUGGAUCUCACAUUCCCGAAAUGAAUCCCAGUAUUGCGCUCUCGCGGGAGAUCGGGUCAACGGCGAACGCACAAACUAAGCGACUGACUUCCUUCCUCAGCGCGAAAGUCUUCGAGACAGCAGAAAUCGACAUGAAUUGUGAAAUGCAGGUUUUAAAUGCACUUCAUCAGAUUUGCCAGCUGUCAUGCGUCUCAGAUUCUGCUGUAUCAAAGAAUACUGAUUUAUUGUAUCAAGACCUCCGUUUUUAUUUCCCAAAACAGGAGGAAAUGCAGUCGUUCCACAAAUGUACGAAAUCUCACGAAAUCUCGUCUGGUAAUAAAUCCGCCUAUUUUAGUGCUUAAGGUGUUCCAAUAUACGUAAGCACGUAAGAAUUCCUGUCAAAAGAUGAAUCAUUCAUCGUACCAAAAUGUUAUGAUAACUGUGAAGUCUAUUUUCUCUGUGACUGAUCCAUGUACAUAUAUAUAUCGUAUAAUAUAUGACCCAGUAGGUAAAAAAAAAUUAGUACGCACCUUUAUCCUUUAUACGUUCCAAGACAUUGUGUGAUGGCUCCAGGCCACGAAACUUCUCCUAUUUACGGAGCAACUGUUUUCUUCGAAGCCCGAGUAGGGCGUUGCUUUGCUCUCACCAUCUAUGUAUAUGCUGUAUGUAUAUGUAUGUCCAUGUAUACAACGCCGUGUAUGAACAUAUACAUAGUGUAUGUAUGACACCUCUGUAGUCUCUGUGUCUCUGGAAAUGACAUCAGGACUUGGCAGUUUGCGAUGACAAUCCGCGGCAGCUUUUUUGUUUUGGUCCAGGUGAAGGCACCCCCGGUUACCCUAC